AUGGAACUCGGAGGAGGAAAUGGAGGCUUCCAUGGCUACCGCAGGGCGAUGCCACAGAGUAGCUCCGGUGGUACAAAAGCACCAGAGAUGCCUCCUCAGAUGAACCAUACUACAAACACCAGUGAUGACACUGAAUGCACCGUUCGGGAGCAAGAUCGCUUCAUGCCAAUAGCGAACGUCAUCAGAAUCAUGCGCAAAAUCCUCCCUCAACAUGCAAAAAUAUCGGACGAUGCUAAGGAAACCAUCCAAGAGUGUGUUUCUGAAUUCAUUGGGUUCAUAACUAGCGAAGCCAAUGAUCGUUGCCAGAGGGAGCAACGCAAGACCAUCACUGCUGAAGUACAAGAAACCCGGUACUCGUUCGAGGGAUUUGAUGACUACAUGGAGCCACUGACUCUGUACCUGCAUCGUUACCGGGAAUAUGAUGGCGGUGAACGGGGCUCGUUGACUGGUGAGCCACUGGUGAAGAGGGCCGUCGACCCAGGCGCUUAUGGUUACGUGACGUUUCCACCGGUGCCCUUUUCAAUGGCUCCUCACCAUGGAUUCUUUGGAGCUCCUCCAAUGAAUGGUUUCCUCAAGGAUCCAUCAAAUGCUGGUCCAUCCCAGGCUGCUGUGGCUGGCAUUGAUCCCUCUACCCCUACCCACAGUAAGAAGCAGGUUUAG